AUGAUUACUGAUUCAGAAGCACCUACUUACAAUUUUGAUAGUGAUGAUGAAGCACCAUGUGAAUAUUUAAAUGAUGUAUACGCAAUAAGUGAAGAUACCUUUUCUUUUAAAAUAAUAAAACAAUUAGGAAUUGGUUACUAUAGUCCAGGAAAUGGACAUAAAAUAAAAAUAAUAUAUUAUGAGUUAGGUUAUGAAGAUAGAAUUACAUGUGUUCAAACAUAUUUAGGAAAAAAUGAUAAAUUACCUUACAUAUGUGAAAUAGCCGCAAAAUGUAUGAAACAAAAUGAAGUAUGUAUUAUCCAAGCACCUAAAGUUUUUUUAAAAGUUUUUAAAAAUUCUGAAAAGAAGAGUAAAUAUGACAAAAAAGAUAAUUUUAAAGUUGCCUUUAAAAAGUCUUUAAGAUUUAAACAAAAAUGCGUAGAAAAAUAUUUAAGUUAUCCUAAUGUUAAAUAUUUUAAAGGAAUUAAAUUGAGUUCCAAUGAAAUAGAAUUAUUAUUAAGAAAAAAACGGAACACAAAAAAUGAUAGAAAGAAAAAAGAAGAUGAAAAACAAAAGAAAAAUAAUAUUCAAAUAAAUAAAACUGGAAUUCUAAAUAACUGUAAUAAAAAUUAUGGAGAAAAACCUAUUCAAAAUCAAAAUAUAGAAUUCCUGGAGUUAGAAGAAAUAAAUGAUUUAAGAUAUAAAUUUUUAAAAGAAAAGGAUUUAUGCACAUAUGUUGUUUAUUUAAAAGAAUUUUAUAGAGUUGACAUUUUAAAUGAUGAUAAAACUAUUAUAAAGGAAGUCCUCAAAGAAGGAAAAGGAAUUUUCACACCAAAAAAAAAUGAUUAUAUUGAUUAUUUUAUAGAAGAAAAAAAUAAAAAGGAAUAUAUUCAUACAAUUUUUGAUAUAGACAAUUUAAAAUAUAGAGGAUUAUAUAAAAUAAUACAAAAUAUGAAAAAAAAAGAGAUAGCUAAAAUAAUUCUUAAAGGUUUAGAAUGUUUUCACAUAAAUCACUCAACAAUAAUCACUAAAAAAAAUAAUGAUGAAAAUAUUGACAAUUAUUUUAAUAAUAGUACAGAAAAAAAAAAGAAUAUUGUAAAUUGUAAAGAUUAUAACUAUAAUACAACUAUAAAAAAUAAUAUAAAUGAAAAAAGCAAUAAUGAAGAUGAAAUUACCAAUGCAUUGAAAAAUGAAAAUAAAAUUAAUAUGAACAAUGAAUUAAUUAAUAAAAGAAAAGAACUAAUCAUAGAAUUGAUUGACUUCAAAAAAUCAAAAAUGGUAAAUAUCGCUUCUAUAAUUAAUAUGAACAAUUCAGAAAAGUUACUUUUUUAUACAAGCGAAGAUGAUAAACUUAAAAAUUUAAAUAGGCCAAUUAUUGAUACCGAUUGCGAAUUAAUAAUUAGUCUAAGUAUUAAGAAUAUUGACAAAACAAGGAAUAAACAAAUUUUUUUGCCAAUUAAUUUUUAUAAUAAUAACAAUAGCAUUAGAAAAAGUAACGCUUAUUUUCUUUUUUCAUAUGGAUCAUGUUUUACUUCUCCUCUUUGGUUUUAUGAAUGCUUCAAAGGUUUAAAAGAAGGUGAUGAAAUAAUUAUUCCAUUAUCAAAAAACAGAAAUCUUUUUUUAGAAAAUCAAUUUGUUUAUCAUAUAUUAUAUGAAGAUAUAGGUAUAAGUAGAGAGCAUGAUUUUUUAAAGCAGUGUGAACUAAAAAAAGUCCAAAAUAAUAAAGACAAAGAAAUAAAUGAAUUGAAAAAUAACAAACAUAAAUUUAUAAAGGAAAAAGAAAAAAAUACAGAAAGUAUCAAAAGAGAAAAAAAAAACUAUAAGUGUUUGAAAAAGAAAAAAAAUGAAAAAAUAAACAAUAUAAACAAUUAUGUACAAAAUUUAAUUUCUGAAAGAAACGAAGGAAAGGGUUUUUUUCUCAUAAAUAAUUUAAAAAAAGAUGAAGUGGAAGACUUUUGUGAAGGUCUUUUUUCACUACAAAAUUAUUUUAUUGAAAAAAAUAAUGAAGAAGAAAAUAUAAGAAGAAUUCUUUCCAUUUAUCACUCAUUUAUAAAAGUAAGAAGAAAAAAAUUUUUCAAAAGAAUUAUAAACAUACAAAAAAAAAAGAGCAUACACACUAAAAUUAAUCGAUUUAAAAAACAUCAUAACGAAAAUAAUUCAAGUUCCAUACGCGUAACAAAAACAAAAAAAAGGAAUAAAGAAAAAAUAUAUAAUAUUUCAUUUUUUAGAAAUGCAUUAAAGAAAGUGUACUUUGAUAGAUUUCUUUAUCAAAAAGACACUAUUUUAAAAAUAAAAAUUUUAAAAAUUAUUUGUAAAAAAAAAGAUCCUUGGAACAUGAGUACAUCAGAGAAAAUAGAAAAUUUAAAAAUAUACAUUGAAAGAGGAAAUAAUUUUAUGAAAAAAAAACUAAUUUAUGCAGCAUUAAUUCAUUAUAAAAAAGGAUUUGACUUAUGUCGUUUUUCUGCACUUUAUAAAUUAAUUUUUGAAGAAAAUAAAUUAAACCUUGAGAAUUUAAAUGAUGAACAAAAUAAAGAUUUACUUUUACUUAUGGAAAAAUUAUUAACCAAUUUAUCAAUUUGUUUCUAUAAAAUGAAUAAUUACAUUGAGUGCAUUAAAUAUUCAGAAAAAGCUAUUACUAUAAAUUCACAAAAUAUAAAAUCCAUAUAUUGGAAGAAUAUGGCCUAUCUACAACAAAACAAAUAUUUAGAAGUUAUAAAAAAUCUAAAUAAUUCCUUUUGCUUAAAUAACUCAACAUUAUUAAGGUUAUUUAACAAUGCUAGAUUAAUAAAAAAGAAACAUGAUUCCAAUUUUAAAUCACUUUUUUAUGCUAUGUAUGACAAAAAAUAG